CCAUUUCCGAGUUUCGUUUCGUCAAAUCAAUGAAUCUCAUUUUUAUACGCGGAAUCACGUGACUACGGACAAGAAGUUGCUUAGCGCACGUAAACAAUCUCGUAAAUGUCGGCUGCCUUCAGCGAAAAAACAGUUCCACAAUUGCACGAGUUUCUCAAAACAAAGGGGAUUUCAGUUGCUGGGUAUAAAAAGAAUGUGUUGGUUAAAAUAGCAGAAUUUAUUUUCAACUUUAAAUGCCCUACAGAUCCUGAUUUUACUGGCGAUAACACAGAGAAGGUCAUCAAAGAGAGAUAUAAAACAGCAGGCUGCGAUGUAAACCCUUUUAAACUUACUGGCUUCACUUCAGACCUUUCCAAUAUUCCAAACUUUACUCUUUAUGAUAUAUUCAAUUAUCUGCUUUUACACCGGGCUGAUUAUGACAAAAAGAAGCUCAAAGCUUUCAAAAGCGCAGAAGAUUAUAGACUGUACUAUGACGGGCAUGUGGAACAUUUAGAAUGUGUGCGUAAUGGACAAACGUUUGUUUUCAAGACAAGAGUAAAACCUACUCAGAGGGACAAGACAUUCGAUCAAAAGAAAUACUAUGAAUCUUGGUUUAUCAUUUCAAAUGCCACUGGGGAAGUUUUGGCUGCAUACUGUGAAUGUCCCGGAGGAGCAGACGGAGCUUGUAGACAUAUCGGUGCAAGUUUGUAUGAACUGGAAAGUUAUGAGCAGAAAUCCGUCACGGAUGGUCCAUGCCAAUGGAAAAAAAGGCCACAAGCACAUGAUCAGCCAGUAGAAAUAAGCAAACUAAAGAUCCACAAGGCAAGCUACAGUGACAGGAAUGCGCCAAUUGAGGAAGGAAAAAAUGCCUUCUUUGAUCCUCGACAUUUAAAUGACAGAGCCCCCAUUAGCGAGGAAGACAAAACUGACUUUGCCCGUAAACUCCAUCAGAUUAACCCAGAUGCUUGUGCUCUUGAAUUCCUCCCUCUUCCAGAAAUACAAGAUGUAAACGAAAAAGUUAACAAAUCAGCAGUGCCACUUAACAUUAUAACAAAAGCGAAUAACUUCCUGAAAGAAAAUCCCGACAUCUCUAAUACUGAUGAGCUUUCUUCUAAAUUGUUUGAAAAUUUGAAGUUUUCGUGUGAGGAAAUAUCCAACAUACAGGAAAUGACUUUGGGCCAAAGUGAAAACAAAUGUUGGUUUGAAAUGAGGAAAGGUCUCCUGACAGCAUCAAAUUUUGAAAAAAUAUGUACCAGUAAAUCUUAUAAUGAUAGCUUGCUAGCUGAACUGAUGGGUUAUGUCCAAAAACCUUCAAACAAAUUCAGUACAAUGUGUUGUGACUGGGGACUGAAAAUGGAACCUAAAGUGCGCAAACUGUAUAAAAUCAGUGAAUGUAGAAAACAUAAAAAACUCAAAAUCUUUGAGCAUGGACUUAAAAUUUCUGAGCAACACCCAUUUAUUGCUUGUAGCAUUGAUGGACUAGUGUCUUGCUUAUGUCAUUCUAACAAACUUAUUGAAAUUAAGUGUCCGUUUUCAUUGCGGAACAAGCACCCGAAGGAAGCAGCGCAAAUGAAAGGAUGCAUUCUGGAGAAUGGAACAUGGCAUGUAACAGCAGAUGGACCUUAUUACCACCAGAUUCAAGGCCAGCUUGGUAUCUAUGGCUUGCAGCAAUGUGACUUGAUUAUCUAUACAACUAAAGGAUAUGUAGUAAUACCUGUGUAUUAUGAUGACAAUUUCUUUCAGAUGAUGGUUUCAAAGUUAAAAAAGUUCUAUGUUUCAAAUGUAUUACAAGAGUUGAUAACAGGUGAUGUAAAAAAAGCAAUUGCUCAAGAGUCUUAAAACUACUGUA